AGUGUGUUCGUGGAAGCUGUCUAUAGGCUUUUGACAUUUCCUUUUACUUAGUAUGCCAUCACUAGGCACCACAUGCAGAAGUCAAUAGAUAAAUUUUAUGUUGGAAUAUAUAUUUUCUCAUUUGUAGAUGAAGUAUGUACAGGCACAUACAGGCAGUUAUUCCACCCUGAGCAGCUCAUUAUUGGGAAAGAAGAUGCAGCUAAUAAUUAUGCCAGAGGCUAUGACACCAUUGGAAAAGAGAUUGUUGAUCUAGUGUUAGACUGCAUUCGCAAACUGGUGGGCAUUAACUACCAGCGUCCAACUGUGGUGCCAGGUGGUGACCUCGCAAAGGUGCAGAGGGCUGUAUGUAUGAUGAGCAAUACAACUGCCAUUGCCAAAGCAUGGGCUCGUCCUGACCACAAAUUUGAUUUGAUGUAUGCCAAGUGUGCCUUUGUACAUUGGUAUGUUGGGGAAGGAAUGGAGGAAGGAGAAUUUUCUGAAGCCCAGAAAGACCUGGCUGCCCUUGAGAAAGAUUAUGAAGAAGUUGGGAUAGACUCCGUAGAAGCAAAGGCUGAAGAAGAGGAUGAAUACUGAAAAUACUGAAAACUGAAGUCCUGAAAAGCGUGUUCCACAACAGCAACAAACAAACUGCAGAAUCCUGUUUGCUUGCUGGCUUGUUUUCAAUUGCAGUUUUAAAUGUUGUACUCUUCAUUUUUUCUUUGUUAUUGUUUACAUAUACAGUUGCUGUGUAAGGACCGUUUGAAAUGACACUUUUUGGUAGCAUCUGGUCUUGUGCAACUUAACUCAAAGAUUAAAUCAGAAAAUAGUGUACGUAUCAGUAACACUGUGCUCAAUUUACCUUUUGGUAAUUACACUUUUGGUCUGAACUACAAUACUUGCUAAAAGCACCAAACUUGCAAGAAGGGAAG